AUGUGAGUAUUGAUGGAUUGGUUGCAAAAGUUUGGUGGGCGGAGUUAAUUGCCUAUCGUUGCCAUUUAAAAGCACAGUUGGGCAUUUCGCAGAGUUGAGAGUUCGAUUGAAUUCGGAGAUUCGCCGGCAAGGGGAUGGUGACGGCGGAGAACAAACAAGUGGUGCUGGAAAGGUACAUAGAGGGAGCACCCAAAGAGACGGACAUGGCAAUGAAGAUGGGGAAAAUAGAGCUGAAGGCUCCCAAAGGUUCGGGUGGCAUCCUAGUGAAGAAUCUCUAUCUCUCUUGCGACCCUUACAUGAGAGGUCGCAUGCGUGAUUUUCACGGUUCUUACAUUCCCCCAUUUGUCCUUUCUCAGGCCAUUGAAGGAUUUGGAGUGGCGAAAGUGUUGGAUUCUGAUAACCCAGAUUUCAAGCCUGGAGAUUUCAUUUCGGGACUCACUGGUUGGGAAGAGUACAGCUUGAUCCGCAGCACUUGGCAGCUCAGAAAGAUCCAACCCGACCAUUCUAUCCCCCUCUCUUACCAUCUCGGACUUCUUGGUAUGCCAGGUUUUACGGCUUAUGCCGGAUUUUACGAAAUCUGCAGCCCGAAGAAUGGAGAAUAUGUUUUCGUAUCUGCGGCUUCAGGGGCUGUUGGCCAGCUUGUUGGACAACUUGCCAAGCUACAUGGCUGCUAUGUAGUUGGAAGUGCCGGAAGUAGCCAAAAGGUUGAUCUUCUAAAGAACAAGCUUGGAUUCGAUGAAGCCUUUAACUACAAAGAGGAGACAGACCUAGAUGCCGCUCUGAAAAGAUACUUCCCCGAAGGCAUCGAUAUCUACUUCGACAAUGUAGGCGGUGCCAUUUUGGACGCUGCUUUGCUCAACAUGCGGAUCCAUGGACGUAUAGCCGUCUGUGGAAUGGUGUCAUUACAUAGUAUCUCUGAUACGAAAGGAAUCCACAAUUUGUAUUGUGUUGUACCCAAGCGCAUCAGGAUGCAAGGAUUUUUGCAAAGCGAUUACUUGCAGAAGUUCCCACAGUUCUUGGAACAUGUCACCGAGAACUUUAAACAUGGGAAGAUUGUGUACAUUGAAGAUAUGAAUGAAGGUUUAGAAACAGCUCCAGCUGCUUUUGUUGGACUAUUUUCUGGAAGAAAUAUCGGCAAGCAGGUCAUAUGUGUAGCCAAAGACUAAAAUGUUGUUGCUUAAUGAGUUUGUAUUAGUUUAGUAGAAUAGAUCAAUCAGCUUGCAAGCAUUUUCUUCAAAGAUGAUCGAUAAAUCUUUACUUGGAAA